CCACAGCAGCGAUUCAUUGAUGAUUGAUUUCUUGUUGUUGGGGCAUCUAAUACACGCCGGCAUAAUAUCCAUUUUGCUUUUCGAUAUACACUAUCAUCUCGAUAAAGUGCAGUAUUUUCUAUGCCUCUCCCUCACUAAACCACAUUCCCGCCCUCUACCUCUCCCGUAGGCACCAUGCCACCUCCACCACCACCUCCCCCUCCACCACCGCCCCUGCCCGGAUUUGGCGGUGGUGCCCCUCCGCCGGCGCCGCCUCCCCCACCGGGAAGACCACCAAGGAGUGGAGAUCUCCCAAAGCAACCCCCCAAAGCAGUGGCCAAGGACAGAUCUGCGCUAUUAACGGAUAUCACAAAAGGCAAGAGCCUAAAGAAAACGGUGACGAAUGAUAGAUCGGCUCCAAUGAUUUCCAAGAGUUCAGGGAGUUCGGCCGGUCUUCCUGUCGGGGGCGCACCGCCUAUACCCGGGAUGUUCAAACCACCCACUGGUUUAGCUCCUCCCACUGCACCUGGGGGAAAUCGAGCGCGAAGUAAUAGUGACAGUGGCCGAGACGGUCAUAUGGGCGACGGUGCCUCUGCUCUUCCUUCGGCUCCACAACUUGGUGGCCUGUUUGCCGGAGGAAUGCCCAAGCUAAGGAAACGUGGUGGAAUUGAUACCGGAGCCGCACCUGACGCUUCAUAUCUAACGGACUCUGAACCACGGGCUCCGAAGCCUCCAGCACCUGCAGGAAGCGCCCCCAGACCCCCAACAGCACCUAAGUUACCAACUGCGCGUCCACCGCCUCGGCCAUCCGCAGAAGCCCCAACACCACCUGCGAUAAACCCUUUAGUAGCAAACCUUCGGAAACCACCACCGAAACCAUCUUCAAGGCCGGUUUCAACGGCUUCAGCGAAGUCCGCUCCUGACAUGCCACCGCCACGCGCACCACCUCCCUUGCCCGGAGCGGGACGUGCACCCCCUCCUGUUCCUGGCUCUGCUCGAAAGGUCUCCGCACCUCCUGCACCCCCGGUGUCCGCAGCCCCUCCCCCUCCCCCCGCGCCACCUUCGUUGUCCGCUCCUGCUCCACCAUCCGCACCUCCACCACCUCCUACUACAUCGGCUCCUAGGCCACCCCCUCCUCCAACUCCACCGGUCGCGAACGGCGGACAGGCUGCGGCGGCCGCUUCCAUAGCAAUGCAAGCGGCUCGCAACGCAUUUGGUCACUCCCAACCUUCACAUUCCGCCGCAUCUACGGCUCCUUCAGCUCCUCCGCCACCUCCACCUCCAGCGUCCCCUCCGUCUGCCUCAUCAGCACGCACAUCAUCCCUUCUCUCCACACCACUAUCCUCUCGUCCCCCGUCCUUCGCAGACCACCUUGACCACAAUGCGCGUCCCGCACACCAACCUCCAAUGCGCUCGAUGCUGGAUCCGUCCGCCUACACGCUCUCAAACGGCACUGGUCCGCAACGGUCAAGCACUGGAUCGACAACCUCAACUACAGGAGGACGUUCAAGAAUCAUUGUUCAGGAUUCAAGGUUUAAGUUCCAGGAUGAAUCUCACUUGCCAAAACCUAGGGAUUUUAAGGGGGGCCAAAAAUUGUACCGUGCAGGACGAGGGAGCAGUGUGCCUUUAGAUCUGACGAUCCUGAAGUAG